CCUUUUUUCGCGCGCUUCUCCACAAUCCCCUGUUCGAAAUUCUGUACUUGCAGGAAGGUAUCACAUUACCCGAUCAUGAAGGAUUAGAUGAUCGACAACGACAUAUUUCUCAAUUGACCCCGUGUAACUGCGGUCCGGAAGCUUUAAUUUGAUUCUAAAGGAGUACUUAUUUAGACUUUAUAAACCAAUACCUUUGCCUUCUGCUCCUCGUCUCGUCUUUUUUACCUGGGACAGUCGCUCCUUUACCCAUUUUCUCUCAUGGCGAUUGACGUCGGCUUCAAAACCGAAAAACCGUUCGUUGAACUAGAGGUCACCAAAGGCGAUCUCGUCCUUGGCUCCAUCGUUUUUGGCUUCUUCUUUGGCUUCGCUAUUAACGUGGUAUGGAGUGCCAUACGGGAAACUAGACGGGCCAGAAGGUUUUCGGGGUAUAUAUUCAUGAUCUGGCUUGAAAUUUGCGCCGAUGUCGGUUUUGCUGUCACUGCAUGGGGCUACCUCGCGAAGCAUUUCCCUCCUGGUAUUGGCGUCUUCCUAAUGGUCAUCAUAUGCUGGAUAUCCCAAGUUCAAUGCCUCAUGCUGAUCAUUGUCAACCGGCUCUGUAUUUUGUACUCCGAGCCAAGGCAAAGAAUGAUUCUCAAAGGAAUCGUUGCAGGAAUCGUCAGCUGCAUUUCUAUAGCCACCGGUUGCAUAUGGAUCCCCGCUCAGCUACAAAUUAGUUCUAGACAUAUCUGGCUCAAUCAUUGGUGGGACCGUGUUGAAAAGGCUAUCUAUCUGCUUUUGGACUUGUCUCUCAACCUCCUGUUCAUCCGGAUGGUAAAAACGCGGCUCGUUCAACACGGCCUGAAAAAGUAUGACAGAGUCAUGCGAUUCAAUGAAUACAUCAUCUUCGUUUCCAUUAGUAUGGAUAUUCUGCUUCUGGGAGUCACAUUCCUUAGAAAUCCGUUUGUAUACUGUCAAUUCCACCCUGUGGUAUACAUCGUAAAGCUCCAGAUUGAGAUGACUAUGUCUCGCCUCCUGAUCAAGGUUGCGCGGUCGACUGGUAUCAACGUUUAUAACGAAGAAAAAGGCGGCAUUACAUCGGACAGUCUCAGCGGAAACAAAACCACGAAUCAUGGCGGAGUGGCUGUACAAAUUCAAACUCAAGUAUUCACUCAUGCUGAAGGGCCGGAUGAAUAUGAACUUGAGGCACGGGACCGCAAAGAUCAGACAUUGCAGGAAGCCGAAUCCGUCAACUCCAGCGGCGAAAUUCUUAAAGUCUCGCCAGUCUAGCUGUGUUAGACCAAUUAUUUAAAUAAUACCCCAGACAUAGAAUUCUUGCGGGGCCCCAUAUAAUUUGCUUUCGCUCUAGUAGACACAUUAUGCGUAAGCGAAUUUGAAUUUGGAUACCUCACAUGCGCUUAUACGAAUGUCCGACCUACCGCCGCCGGGACCUGCCCUCAAGUCCGAGAUUUAUAAUAAGGGGGCUCAC